CGCUGUCGUUAGCGUGAGUUGGCACGCAUACCGGAAACAGAUUGAAACGAGCAGGAAUUAGGCAACAGCAGAAGUUUUGACAGAUUUUCACAGGCCUUUCUGUGAAUUAUUUUGCUUUUUCCUUCAGUCUCUGUUAGCAGGUUGCUGUCAUGAGUCUUCAGUGGACGGCCGUGGCUACAUUUCUUUAUGCAGAAGUAUUUGCUGUAUUACUGCUGUGUGUCCCAUUCAUAUCCCCUAAAAGAUGGAGUAAAAUUUUCAAAUCCCGGCUUGUCGCUGUCAUUACGACGUAUGGAAACACAGCCUUCAUUGUGAUCAUUUGUAUCCUCGUCUUUCUACUCAUAGAUGCCUUUAGAGAAGUAAGAAAGUACAGCGUGACCGAGAAGGUUGACCUGAGCAACAACCCUGUGGCAGUCGAGCACAUCCACAUGAAGCUGUUCAGAGCUCAAAGGAAUGAAUACAUUGCCGGUUUUGCUCUGCUGCUCUGUCUGCUGUUGAGACGUUUGGCUACUCUGUUGUCCCAGCAGGCCACACUGAUGGCCUCUAAUGAAGCUUUUAAGAAGCAGGCGGAGGGAGCCAAUGACGCCGCAAGGAAAUACAUGGAUGAAAAUGAGACGCUGCAGGAGAAAUUGCGGGAGGCAGGCGUGGAGGUGCCGGAGGUGGGCGGAAAGGCCAAGACCAAUGCAGAGGAGGAGAAGAAGAAACUUGCUGUAGAGGUCCGACAGUUGAAGGAUGAACUCGAGGCAACUAAGAAAGCACAUCAGAAGGCCGACAGUGACGUGAAGGCCAUGAAGAAACAAGCGGAGAACCUCACGACAGAAUAUGACCGUCUGUUGGAGGAACACGCCAGACUGCAGGCCAAAUACGAAGCCGAGCAGGAUAAAAAAUCGGACUAAACGGAGACCACAGUGCACUCGGCCUCUUUCCUGCAUCCUCAUUGGCCGAAAGCAGCUCCGCCGGGCUGUGUGUCACUCGGCAGGCUGUUGAGUGCAAGCAGGGUUCUGUUCCUCAAAAAACUUGAUUUUCUAUUCAAGCUUGCAAGUUUAUUUUUGUUGUUGCUGUGAUUUUCUGCUGUUUUUUUAUUUUUAUUUCCAGAGCGUUGCUCAUAAAGACAACAUAACAUGUCCUUUCCAGAUUUGUGUGAUAUGUAUAAUUUGUACAUGGUUUAUGUAAGAACGGUGUUACAAACAAUAUACAGAGAAAAUGUGCUUUCUGUAAUGACGACAAAGAAAGGACAAAGAAAAAAACACUUCAUUGAAUGUUUUGAUACAAGUUCAUUAUUAAUUCCUAAUAACAGCGUUUACAACUUCUGCUUUAAUUUCCUUGAGGAAAUGAAUAUGUAUAUAUGGUAGCGGUAAACAUGCAUGUGUUGGUUUAUAUUAGAUACAGGCUACUCUUGAGAACGUUUACGUCCCGUCUUCACUCUCUCCCGCCUUGUUCUCUAUCUAUAGGCAGAUAUCUUUGUUGUUCGCCCUGUAUGGAAUAGAACCCCUCUCUUCUGGGCGGGUGUAGAGCGGAGAGAACGGGUUCUAUCCAGUCUCGUCCUGUUUGAGGCCACAGAGUCAGUAUAAUCUGAUAUGAGCCUGGCAGAGCUGUUACAGCGGGUAAUAACACCACUUUGGCUGGAACAGUAAAGCAUUCACAGCUGAUAUUACAUUUCAAAACACAACACACUGUAUCUCUCUCUUUCUAGUUCUCGAAACAAUAUCAACGCCGCGUUAAGAAAAUUGGCCACCGUUUUAGGUCAUCGCAUUGAACUCCUCUGAUUCAACAUCAGUACAAAUACGAUGGGAUGUUUUGCAAAGGUUCUUGUGGCUCAAGCGUGUCAAAUAGAAAGCUUUGCGAUCCCAGAGUUAGAUUCCUGUUUGGAUUUGUGGCGUCGACAUCAUAAUGACAUCAUAGAUGCUUGAAAUUCCAGACCUCCUUGACUGUUAACGAUAAUAAAAAUGCGAGGAAUGCCAUCUGCUGCCAUGACGAUAUGUCACGACUGUAUUUGCUAUACAUGUGGUUAUAUGAGUAAAGCAUUUACUUGAGAGGUUCAAUGAAUAUGUCAAUGCACGAUUAUGAAAGCAGGCGUUUAAAGCAGCGAAGCGUUUCGAUUUUUGUGAUCAACUGAUGUUUUUGAUAUUAUGUUGCGUAUUUACCAAAUCCGUUUAGAAACCGACUAUUGACUUUCUUUAGUAAUUUCUAUUCCUGCUAUGAAAAGUCAAUGGGGUCUUAUUUUAAAGUGAACUACUCCUUUAAAGGGCAUCUUUAUAUGCAUUUCCAAAUGUAGCUAGUUCUUCUUUUUAUUAGUGUUUCUAGUGUCUUGCAGGGGAAAAAGGAGUGCUGUGAAAACUUUGCAAUUGUUCAAUAUUUGAUGUAUCAGUUUUGCGUAAUGGGCGUGUUUCCAUAGUCAGUAUCUUCCUCUAUUGUCAUCAGGAAACUGACGCUGCAUCUUUCUCCAUGAGUAUCUUAUGUUUCAUGUGGUCAAGUUGGGAUGUUGAUGAACGAAACGAAAUAAAUAAAGUCUGUCAUCUUAAAUGCUGCGUUAUAUUGUAUUAGUUACAUAUUUUAAUGAUUGUAUUAUUAGGGUUAUCUGUCAUUUAGUCUGACGGAAAACUGCCCGGAUCUCAUCAUUAUUAUCUCUUUCUCUCUCUCUUACUGUGCUGCCAAGGACUAACUCGGGUUCAGAUAAGUGCAAAAAUACUAACAAUGUAAACAAGAGAGAGACGUAUAUGAAAUUUAGCGGCAUCUAGGGGUGAGGCUACAAAUUGCAACCAAUGGCUAACUCCACCCCUUCCCAUCUGGCUGACAAAGAACAAACAAUGUCGUCACGUUCUCGCUUCUUUGCCGAAGGAGUUAACGCAUUUACAUUGUAGUUUGUCCGUUAACGGCUACUGUAGGAGCAACAUGAUAAAUUCCAUAAAUAGAAAAAUAACCGCUCAUUCUAAGGUCUUUGUACACCUCUGAAGACAUAGGUAUGUAUAUCAUAGUGCACUUUAGUCAAAAGAUCCAACAAAAAUUAAACUCUCUUGAAUGUUCCUAGCACUUCAUUUUUACUGAUCUGUUAACAUUUACUCACAUUUAAUGAGUAAAUGUUAAACCAUGCAAACCUACUAAAAUAACCGAGAUCACAGCUCUGUGCAUUCUGUUCUUUCACUCAACCACAUUCUGGGAUGCUUUGUAAACAGUAUGAGUUCUCGUGUACAGUACACUUGUUUGUACAGACUAACCCAUUUAAAAAUAAGAAAUGAUAAUGUUUGUUUUGGUAUAUAAAUGAUGUUUUAGGAUUAUAAAUAUAAAUGUCCCAAGACCGAAGUGAAACACCUUUGAGCUCAGUCGGUUUCAGUUGAGUAAUAUAUCGAGUUUUGGUAAAUUUGACCUUGAACUGGUUAAAUGAUUCAAAGCAUUGAAUUGUACGUGUCGAGAGUCUUUGUGUCACCAGUAUGAAGAUGAUUAUAUAAAUGAUGAUAUUAAUGAUGAUAUUAAACAGAUGUGGCUGCCCGGUC